AUGCAGCGAGGCAGGGUGCGGGCGCCGGCGGCGCUGCUGGCGCUGCUCUGCGCGGCGCUGCUCCCGCUCCGCCCGGAGGCCGCCAGGGCGCCCAAGCAGCGGCCGGCGCGGACGCGGAGCUGCGGCGAGCGGCCCGAGGAGCUGCUGGAGCAGCUGUACGGGCGGCUGGCGGCGGGCAUGCUCAGCGCCUUCCACCACACCCUGCAGCCCGAGCCGCCCGGCCGCCAGCACAACGCCAGCUGCCCCGCCGGGGCACGGCCGCCCGCCGACAAGAGAGUCCGGCUCCCCGUGAACCUGCGCAGCGCAUCGCCCUGGGCAUACAGGAUCUCCUAUGACCCCACGAGAUACCCCAAGUACAUUCCCGAAGCCUACUGCCUGUGCAAAGGCUGCCUGAUGGGGCUCUUUGGCGAGGAGAGCCUGCAGUUCCGCAGCACGCCCGUGCUCAUGCCCACCGUCAUCCUGCGCCGCACGCCCGCCUGCGCCGGCGGCCGCUACGUCUACACCGAGGAUUACAUCACCAUCCCCGUGGGCUGCACCUGCGUCCCCGAGCAGGAAAAGGAGGCAGAGAGCCUCAAUUCCAGCAUCGAUAAGCAAGCAGUGAAGUUGCUGGUGGGCCAGAACAAGCCCUCAUCGGAAUGAAGAAUGGAUUAAAAGUCAUGUUUCAGUACUGGCCUCACAUCAUCAACCUCAUCACCUCAGGAAACUGCACCGCAGCAGCAAACACACUCACUCACCCUCUUUUCUGCUUAGUUAUUUCAGAUAUAGGAUGGAAAGUCCAGUCACUCAGAUCAUUAGAGAUGGCAAUUAAUUCUAUUUCUUUAGCUCAUGUAAUCUUGUUUCGUUCAUUAUUUCAAACUCCAAAGUAGCUUUUCUUUUCCCUUAGAGAAGGACAGAAUUUUAUCUUUGCUUAUUCACAGCAAAUGUUAGA